AUGAUUAGGAGGACCUUUUUGCAUUAUACACAGAUAUUAGCGCCUUCAUUAAUAACAGUUACGACAGCCUGGAAAACAAUUGGAAACAUGGGAGCAACAAGACCGGCAUCGAGCUACAUUGCUGAUGGAACAGCGACCAAAAAGGCCAAAUUGUCUGCCCGGGAAUGUAGCGAUUUGGCUCUUUUGAUGUCUGACUCGGAUUCAGAGUGGGAAUUCAGCGAUCUUAGACCAACGCUGCCAGCAGAACCCUGCGAUGUGCAGCGGCAACCUCCUCAUCCCAACAAGAUAUCUGGUGCCAAGAUGAUAUCGCAACCUCCUUGGCCGGAAGAGGAUCUUUUUUCGGAACAUAUAUUGGAACAGGCUGCCGGAAGAAUAAGCAGCCGCCUACCCCAAAGCACUCAACCGAUUGCAAAGAUAUCCCAAAUCAAGCAACCGCCUCAACCCCCUUUGAAGUCAUUUGAAAAUGAAAGCGAAGAUAGUCUCUUAAAUUGCUCAUCUAUCAUGGAGAUCAAGCCGCCGCCCAAAAUAGUACCACAAGCGAAGGAAGAGGAGUUUGAUUCGUUCGAUCAGGUGGACAUACCGAAUAAUAGUGUACUCAGUAUCCACAACACCAGCCUUAAAAGCGAACAGGACCCGAACCCCGCUAAAUGGGGGGGCAAAUUUGCAUUGCAAACACAAUUACCUCAAUUGAAUGAGCAAGGUGAACAAGUUGUGGGAGACAUUAAACUACCGCCUAAUACCAAGGUGAAAGUGCCACUUUUCCUGAGUAAAGAACAAGAGAACAUCAUAGAUUUGGCUAAAGAGGGCCAUAACAUAUUUUAUACUGGUAGUGCCGGUACGGGGAAGUCCGUUUUGUUGAAGGAAAUGAUUAAAGCUUUGAAGACACUCUAUGGGGUAGAUGAGGUCGCCGUCACAGCGUCUACGGGUCUUGCCGCAUGCAAUAUUGGUGGUUUCACGCUUCAUUCUUGGUCAGGGAUUGGUCUUGGCCAAGGAGAACCUGACAAACUAUACAAGAAAGUGCGCAGAUCGAGGAAACAUUUGAAGAGGUGGGAAGAGGUGAAGGCAUUGGUGAUUGACGAAGUAUCGAUGUUGGACGGUGAACUUUUAGAUAAACUAAAUUUUAUUGCUCAAAAGAUUAGGAAAAAUCAUGAGCCGUUUGGUGGCAUCCAGGUCAUAUUUUGCGGAGAUUUCUUCCAGUUACCACCUGUUUCAAAAGAUCCGAACAAUCCAACUAAGUUUGCGUUCGAGUCUGCAUCGUGGAAAAGAGGGAUUAAUAUGACUAUCAUGCUUCAAAAAGUUUUCAGACAACAAGGUGACACAGAAUUUAUCAAUAUGCUGAACAAGAUGCGUCUAGGUACCAUUGAUGAAGAGACUGAGCAGGAAUUCAAGAAACUAAAUAGACCAUUGCCCGACGAUGAUAUCAUUCCUGCAGAGCUGUACAGCACCAGAAACGAGGUUGACAGGGCCAAUUUUGCUCGCCUAAACAAGCUUCCUGGGCGGGUACACUCCUUCACGGCUAUUGAUGGUGGUUCUUUGGAUAAUGCUGAGUUGAAGGAAAAGCUGCUGUCAAAUUUUCUGGCCCCUAAAGACUUACGGUUGAAAGUCGGCGCACAAGUUAUGAUGAUCAAGAAUGUCGAUGCUACGUUAGUCAACGGGUCUCUGGGAAAGAUUAUUGAUUUUAUAGAUGGAGACACGUACAUGUUCCUAAGAACCAUGGAGGAGAAUGACGAUCUAAGCACGCAGCAACUGGAACAUCUGAGCAAAAACCCAAAGGCACUUCUCGAUAAGUUUAAGGCUCAAGAGGAACAAGACGAAGGUGGAAACGAUGUGAACCAACAGAGACGUAAAAUCAUAAAGGAUGCAUAUUGUCAGUACAGCACUCAAGAACAAACCAGUCUACUUGACGAUACCAUAUUUAAUUUCCUAAACUCAAAGGUGGGAAAUAACGAGGAGGCUAGGGUGAACAUAGAAAGGAAGAAACAGCUGAUCCAAAACUUACACCAGAACUCUAAAAAUAGGAAACUACCGCUGGUUCGGUUUAAAACUUCCGAUAUGUCAAGUAGGACCGUGCUAGUGGAGCCUGAAGACUGGUCCAUAGACGAUGAAAACGAAAAAACGCUUGUUUCGAGAGUACAAUUACCACUCAUGCUGGCAUGGUCGUUAUCUAUCCAUAAAUCCCAAGGCCAAACACUCCCAAAAGUGAAGGUUGAUCUUCGAAGGGUCUUUGAAAAAGGGCAAGCAUACGUUGCGCUAUCGAGAGCCGUCUCAAGAGAGGGUUUGCAGGUACUAAAUUUUGACAAGACACGAAUAUUGGCGCAUCCCAAGGUGGUUGAAUUUUACCGGACGCUUGUAUCCGCCGACAAAGCCGUUAAACAAGCUCAUACGACGACAGAAAGGCCGGUGAAGAGGUCAUACGCGCCACCUUACCGAGCGGGGCUCAAUAGACAAAACGGUUUGGACAGAUUCCAACGGCCGAAGUCCAACACGCCUCCGUCUUUCAAUAGCGCCACGAAAAGCUCGGACAGCAUCACUGAUUUAUUAAUAAGAACUAUAAAGCGUUAA